AUGGAUGCAUAUUCAGACCAAGAGAGAUUUCUUGCCGGGGGUUUUGGGUUCAGUGAUCCGAAUCUCGACCAAUCCCCAACUCACCGUACUACAGAUACAUAUGCUGAUACCAUGAAGGAUCUCCACCAGCUACCUUGGCUUGAAAGGUCAAUUAGCAUUAACAACUUCUCUGGUUCUUUCCCAUCUGAGCUUGGGGAUUUAAAUGGGCUAGGUGCUCAUGGAAAUCCAGGGACAUUACAUAAAGGUUCUAAGAACGUUACAGUUAUAGAAUCUGUUUAG